AUGGAGCGCACAUGGUCCACCGACUCGGUGGCCUCCAUACCCGAAAAGUCGCUGCCUGACCCUGCUCGUCUGCGCAAGGCCGCUCGCAGGCUCUCCAACCAGGCUCCCGUCGACGGUGCAAGGGAAUGGCGCAAGUCCAAGCUGCACUCGACCCAUCUCAUCACCGCCGCCUCCUCCUCCAACGGCCACGCCAACUCCUCCAACUACGACUCGCAAAACGCCAAGGCCGGCCCAUCGUCCCGCCGGCUGAGCUCCAGCGCCGCUGCAUCCGCAUCCGCAGCCUCUCAACCGCCGCACGCCACCGGCAUCCGCAGGCGCAACAUCCUCGACUCGGCCGCCGCAUCGGCCAAGUCCAGGAACGCUCAGUUCGACGCGAGGCUCAAGCGUCACUCCUUGGCCACUAGCUCGGCAGCUUCCUCACCCUACCCUCCAUCCUCCCCUGGCUCCUAUAUCGAAUCCUGGCCCUCCGCCUCCGACGACUUUUCCGGCUCGUCAACAGAUCGCCCCACUCGCCGUCGUCGCUCCACCACCGUAGAGUCCAGAGAGGCUUACUCCGCCGAUCCUUCCGCCGACGGCGCUGGCGGAUAUUCUUCCAGCUCCGACCAACACUCCUCCAGCUCCGAGUACGAGCCAUUCGACUGGGACGUCGGCCGAAAGCGAAGAAGCUCCGAGCGUCCACGCUCCGUCGCUCCAGACCACUUCUUGGUCGCCAAUCCGUCCGCGCCCAGACGCGUUCCAGCUUCCUCGUCGCCACCACCGCUCGGCGCUUCUGGUUCGCUUCCAGACUCGCGUCUCUCUUCUCGAUCUGCCAGGUUCUCCGCUUCCGGUCGAAGAGCGUCACCAAAGAAGCACGCUCAGCCGCUUCCUCCCGAUGCAUCCUCCUACGCAGAUGAGCACGGCCGAUCGACAGUGCGGCCCAGCCGACAAUCCAUUCUCAGCCGCGCCAUCGGAGCAGCCACCUACCUCAGCUCCUCCACAAAGGCCGGAUCCUCCACGCCUUCCAGCCCCGUCUUGGCCUCGCACCCCCUCCCAAAGUCCAAGAGCGCAGCCGCUACUCUAGCCGCCACAUCGAGACACACAGCGGGCGGCGAGCUGUCUGUGAAGCCACGUGCCGAAGGGGGACGCUCUUCCCCUUCUUCCAACACAGCCGUCGCAAGCGCACAGCACCAGACCCAGUCCGCAUCCACGGGAACUAGGUCGCAGACUCACUGGCAACGACUCCGCGUCAACCCCUCCAUCGAGGCCCUGCUCAUGACUCUCGCUUCAUGCGCAGCCUACUACCUUCUCAAGACACACGCCAAGCUCGAGACGCAGAGCCACGCCUCGGAGGUCGGUUUCGUGACCAUCAUCAGUGCACUCUACUUCUUCCUGCGCGACCCGGACGAGCAAGCGGCUAUCUGGGCCACCGAUCAUCGCAACUAUCGAUCCUGCCCAGAGGAUGGCGCCCUCAAUGCGCUCCUCUUGCCUCCGCUGCUCGCAUGCGCGACUCUCUUUUCGGCCUUCCAGGACCAGGCUGCAGGCCGCAGCAGCCCACGGGCUUCGGGAGAAGCGCUGCCCAAUCCGCCCUGGCUAAUCGAAGGUCCGCCCGCCAUCCUCAGCCACAACCGCAAACUCGCCGGCGGCAUGACCACGCUGGUCGUCUCGCGCUACUCGCUGGUCAGUACCAUGUGCCUCACAUCGACCGUGCUGCUCUGCCACCUGCUCGCAACCAAGUGGAUUCGCAGGCCGCAUCAGUUCCCCAAGAGCAACUGGGCCAAGCUGCGCAGCUUCACCGCCUUUGCUACCGUGGUCGCAGUCGCGCUCGAGGCGGUCAAGGAUGCUGCCGCCUUCUAUGGCUUCCCGCUCUGGUCCAAUCUGGCCCGCUGGGAGGUCAUCACCGCCGCGCUCUUCUUCCAGGCCAACCUGUACACCAUCUCGCGUCUGGCGCGCAAGAGCUUCACUCUCGGCGAGCUCGGCAUCGUAGCGUCGACCGGUGUCACGCUCACAAUGGAGACGCUCCAUCUGUUCGUGGCAAAGUUGCUCCCCGUCACCACGCCGUACGUCAAGACGUUCCGACGCCCUACGCCGCUGCUCAUCUUCCAGCUCGCGCUGAUCGUGGGUACGUUCAUGGUCGGCUUUCUGCUCUCGCCGCUGCUGUACUUGUCACGCAACCUGGCGCAGAAGCCCACGCAUCGACUGCGAUGGCCCGACAAGCGCGACCUGCAUAGGCGACUGCUCGCAGCCUUCUUCUAUCUGUUCGCCACCAUCUAUGUGGUGGGCGUGCUGGGUAUGUGGGUGCGCUGGCUGCUCGUCAAGCGCGAUCCGUGGUUGUGGGCCUUGUCAUUUAUGCUCAAGGGCGCCAGGCCAUGGUCGCGGCCCGUGCUCGUGACCUACUGGGUGCUGUUGAUCUCCAUCUCCAUCUCGUGUUGGCAGGCCGUGGUCGCGAACGCGAAGCGGUUCAGGGGGCUCGCCAAUUCGUACCAGAGGCCCUUGCUCGGUCCCAAGCCCGCUGGAGGAAUCGCAGCUACGAGCAAUCAGGCGUACUUGCAGCAGCAACAACAUCAGCAGCAACAGCACGAGCAGCAGCAGACAAGCCAGACUUCGCCGCCCGCUGUGGUUCUCUCCGUGGCUCCCAGCUCCCACGCACCCGGCGGCGUCGAGGUGAAGACCGAAGGUGUCGCUGCUGCUUCGGCACCCGAAGCACCCAACAGCUCUGGACAGCGUGCAUCUCCAGCGACCACGGGCGCAGCCAACGGCAGCCUGAACGGACUCGGGAUCGAGACGACAGCGCAAGCAAAGCGCGGGGUCGGUGUGAACCUCAAGCUGUCGAACUUAAGCGGCAGUGCGUCGCUGCUGGCCAAGGAGCACAACUCGGCGGCGAUCAAGAAGGCGUCGUACCUGUCUCUCAACGCGCGGCGCAAGUUCUUCCAUGCGCUGGCGCUGCUGCUGUUUGUGCCGGGCAUCGCGCUGGAUCCGGCGUUCACGCAUCUGGGCUUCUCGCUGGCAUUCUCGAUAUUCAUCUUUGCCGAGUACGUGCGCUACUAUGCGCUGUAUCCGUUCGGCGCGGCGCUGCACGUGUUCAUGUCGGAGUUCCUCGACCACAAGGACUCGGGCCCCGUGAUCCUCUCUCACUUUUACCUGCUCACCGGGUGUGCUGGGCCGCUGUGGCUCGAGGGUAAUUCGCGCAUCCUGCAGCAGACCGGUGUGCUGGUGCUGGGUGUGGGUGAUGCGUUGGCUUCCGUCGUCGGCAGGAGGUACGGCAGAGUGUACUGGCCGGGUGGGUCGAGCAAGACCGUAGAGGGAAGCUUGGCGUUUGUAGGCAGCAUCAUGGUGGCUGCCUGGGCGCUCAGGCUCGUCGGAUGGGUCGAGGACUUCAGCUCGCUCAAGUACGGCGCUGUCGUCACGGCGCUGGGCUUGCUGGAGGGGGUCAGUGACCAGCACGAUAACUUGGUCCUGCCCAUCUUUGGGUACAUUGUAGCGUCGUUGAUUGGGCUGUAG